UGUAGACGGUUCCUAGGAUGAAGUAUGGCUGGUCUCGGUGCAUGUGUAGAUCGGACCGAACGACUCGAAUCUGAUCUGACUGAGCUCUGAAAAUCUGCAUCAGAUCUGAAAUACACGCACAGAGGUCAGCAUGGAGGACAGUCCUGAGAAACACAGCAAAGAAGUGGAUGUUUAUCGAGACACAUGGGUCCGAUUUCUAGGUUAUGCUAAUGAGGUGGGCGAGGCGUUCCGCUCGCUCGUGCCCGUCAGUGUGGUGUUGGCGAGUUACGCAGUCGCCACGGUAUACGUGUCCGCAGACGCAGUUGACAAAGGCAAGAAAGCUGCGGCGGCUCAUGGAGAGAAUCCAGGGAAGACAGCACGAGUGACGGUGGCCGUGGUCGACACGUUUCUGUGGCAGGCUUUAGCUUCAGUCGCCAUUCCUGGAUUCACCAUCAACCGUGUGUGCGCUGCUUCUCUGUUCCUGCUGGGAAAAACAACACGCUGGCCACUUCCUGUACGCAAGUGGACCACUACGGCCAUCGGUCUCUCCACCAUCCCCUUCAUCAUCACUCCUAUUGACAGGGGUGUGGAUUUGCUGUUGGAUUCGAGUGUGCGGAGACUCUACGGUGGCGGUGAAAAACAUGAAUGAGCGUCAGGAUUUUGACCUCUGACCCCAGCAGCUUCAGUGAUCAGCAGGUCUUCAGGAUUUGAAUAUUCACUGAACAUCUGGAGUUGUUUUUUAAUGAAUUGUGCCAGUCAAAUAUCUUCAUUGCCCUGUUUGAGCUAUAUUUUUAUGGUUUUGUUUUUGUUGAUUUUUGCAUUGUUGUGAUUUACAUGUUUACCUUUCGGUUUAAUGCAUGGAUUAAAGUGAAUAUGAUUGAAAAUGUUAA